GAGAGACCGAGACCCCCGCCCAGAGCCCCCGGGGGACUUCAUGUGGUGGAGGGCAGUGAGGUGACCCCGGGGAAGAAGGUGCCGUGUAUUCUGAUCCUGAGCCAGCAGAGGGACGGACAGUACAUGCUCCACAUUCGCACUCCGGGGAAAGGUGCAUCCGAUGACGAACUUCUUCCAAUUACAAAUACCUUCAAAUGUGUACAAGAAGCGGAGGAGCCCCUUCUCAUCGACAUCUCCACUAACAGUGGCUGCAAAGUAAGAAUCCAGGCAGAUCCGUGGUCUGCGGAGCGCCUCUUUGAGUUCCCCGACGAAGAGAAGUGUAUAGAGCUGCUGACCGAAAUGAGACUCAUCCAGGAAGGGCGUCCUUCUCGUCGAAUAAAGACUUUAAGCCACAGAGCAGGGCGGAUCAAAGCCAUCCGUCCUGAUAAAAGAGAGUCAUCCAACUGGUACCAGCCCACUGAGAGGGCGGCAAGCAUGUCUGGGGCCUCGUCAAAGUCUUCAGGUUCAGGGCAUUUGGGGUUUGAGAACAGCUUCACAAAUAUUGAAAACAGAAGAAACAUACAGAACCAGCAAGUGGCACACAGGGAGCCUCCGCCACCACCCCCACCCCCGCUGGAAAGGCGGCCUUCUCAGUCGAGAGAUCCCCCAGGACGGGAAAAGCCACAAAUGUCCAACACCAUGCGGAAGUUGUUUGUGCCCGCCAGCCAGUCCGGACAGAGGGAGGGACUGAUAAAGCACAUCCUGACCAAGAAGGAGAAUGAAUACGUCAACAUUGAGAACUACAAGUUCUUUAUAGGAACGUGGAAUGUAAACGGUCAGUCUCCAGAUGGGGGAUUAGAACCCUGGCUGCACGCGGAUCCAGAGCCCCCAGAUGUCUACGUCAUUGGAUUCCAGGAGCUGGACCUCAGCACAGAAGCCUUCUUCUACUUCGACUCAGGAAAGGAACAGGAGUGGCUGGAGGCUGUAGAGAGGAGCCUCCACCCCAAAGCCAAAUAUAAGAAAAUCCGUCUGAUCAGGCUUGUGGGAAUGAUGAUGCUGGUGUUCGCCAAGAAGGAACACUUCAAGCACAUUCAAGAGAUUGCCGCAGAGUCCAUAGGCACGGGGAUUAUGGGAAAAAUGGGCAACAAAGGAGGCGUAUCCGUCAGGUUCAUCUUCCACAAUACAUCCUUCUGUUUUGUGAACUCUCACUUGGCGGCACACGUGGAAGACUUUGAGAGACGCAAUCAAGAUUAUAAGGAUAUUUGCGCACGGCUCAACUUCUCUUUCCCGGACCAGAAUGUCCCUUCCCUGAAUAUCAUGAAACACGACGCAGUGAUUUGGCUGGGAGACUUGAACUACAGGCUUUGUAAAUACGAUGCCAUGGAAGUCAAGACCAUGAUUUCUAAAAACGACAUUAACACUUUGCUGCGGUUCGAUCAGCUUAACAUCCAGAGAGAGCUGAAGAACGUCUUUGCGGAUUUCACAGAAGGGCCGAUCACUUUCAUCCCAACGUACAAAUACGACCCUAAGACCGAUGGCUGGGAUUCCAGUGGCAAGUGCCGUGUGCCGGCCUGGUGUGACCGCGUUCUGUGGAGAGGAAGUAACAUUAAACAGCUAAGAUACCGCAGCCACAUGGAGCUGAAAACCAGCGACCACAAGCCUGUCAGCUCUCUGUUCAGCAUUGGGGUGAAAGUGGUCGAUGAGCGGCGAUACCGCAAGGCGUUCGAGGAAAUCGUGCGGAUGAUGGACAGAAUGGAAAACGAUUUCCUUCCUUCCUUAAACCUGAGCAGAAGAGAAUUCACAUUUGAGUGGGUGAGGUUCCGGCAACUUCAGAUCGAAAAAUUUCACAUCCAGAAUGACGGGCAGGUUCCUUGUCACUUCUCCUUUAUCCCCAAACUGAACGACACUCAGUACUGUAAACCAUGGCUGAGAGCCGAGCCCUGCGAAGGUUAUCUGGAGCCAAAUGAGUCGGUGGAGAUCAGUCUGGAAGUCUACGUCAGCAAAGACUCCGUCACGCUGCUGAACUCGAGUCAGGACAGCAUCGAGGACAUCCUGGUACUUCACCUGGACCGCGGCAAAGAUUACUUCCUGACCAUCACCGGGAGCUACCUGGUCAGCUCGUUCGGCACAUCUCUGGAGGCCUUGUGCCGAAUGAAGAGGCCCAUCCGGGAGAUCCCGGUCACCAAACUCAUCGAUCUGGAAAAAGCCGUCAUGCAGAUGCUUCCUGAGUCAGAAGGGGACGGCGUGGCCGAGAAACCUCUAAAGAUCCCCAAAGAGAUGUGGCUGCUGGUGGACCAUUUAUAUAUAUAAACGCCUGCCAUCAGGAAGAUCUCUUCCAAACUCCCGGCAGACAGGAAGAACUACAGCAGAUUAUCGACUGCUUAGAUACCAGCAUUCCAGACACCAUCCCGGGUAGUAACCAUUCUGUGGCAGAAGCUCUGUUGAUAUUCCUGAAGCUCUACCCGAACCAGUGAUCUGUUACGAGCUGUACCAGCGCUGCAUCGACUGUUCCCCACGACACUCGCCUCUGCCGUCAGGUGAUUUCCCAGUUACCCCCGAUGCCACCGGAAUGUUUACCGAUAUUUAAUGGCGUUCCUUCGAGAGCUGCUGAAGUACACUAGU